AUGUCUUCCAUCUCUAUCACACAGAGGGUAGCAGUGCUCGAGCAACACGGUAAGCCUCUCGUUAUUGUCGAAGACAGACCCAUCCCAGAAGCUACCCCCGGCAGUCUCGUCGUCAAAGUCCUCGCCAGACCACUUUCGCGCUACGCAAGAACCGCAUUCGACGGCACGAUCCCGGCUCCCCUCCUCGAUCCGCCCUUUGUCCCGUGCCCAAGAACUCUCGGGUACGUGCACAAAAUUGGCAGUGGCACAACAUCCUCCAAGGAAAGAGACUUGGUACACGUUGAGCCUGUAGUCACGGCUCGCGAUGAUCCGAACGUAUUCAUCAUGCAAGGCCACGUCAAGGGGCCGCCUGGCGACAAAACGGACAGGUUAGCCGAGGGAGAGUUUCGUGAUGGUGCUCUGCAGCAGUAUCAGCGCGUUCCACUCGAAAACGCCUACCGUAUAGACGAGAAACUCAUCGGAGAGUUAGGCAUCGACCUGAUCAACCUCGUCUCCAUCAGCACGUUUUCUCCAGCUGCCGGAGCUAUCUUUGAGUCAGCGAAGCUCAAAGUCUGCGAUACAAUCAUCAUUGGGCCAUCGGGUGGAUGGUGGAAGCGCGAUUGA